GGGGGGCGCACUGCUAAGCCCGCCAGUCAUACCACCGCCGCCGAGACAGAAGCGUCUGCCUCCCUCGGGUUCCCUUGCGUCCAUCCCGUCCGUGUGUCCGUCAGUGUGUCGCGCGUCCGUCCGUCCGUCCGUCCUCCCCGUGUUUGUGUUUUCGUUUCGUGAAAUAUCCCCCCCCGUCCCUCCUAGCGCCCUCGCCGCCUGGUCGUUGCGAUGCGGAGCAAGUCCGCGCCCGUGGACACGGACCGGGUCGUCCUGACGGAGGCCCGGCCCGCGCGCGCCAACAAGUACCUCGAGCUGGACGCGAGCGACGCGUCCGCCGACGAGGCCGACGACGCCCGCGACCUGGACUGGCCCACCUCCAUGACGGGCGUGUGGAUGGCGUCCGCGGCGUCGUCGCCGUCGCCCAACAACAACAAUCACAAGUCGCCGUCGCCCAAGUCGCCGCCCUCGCCCGCGGCCCCGGCGUCGCCGCAGGGCGCCUCGCCGCCGACCUCGUCCUCGUGGAAGGACAAGAUGGUCCGCAGGCGGCACGAUAGCGGCUCCAGCAAGAACGGCAAGAAAGACAAAAAUGAGCCCUCUCGAUUUAUGGGAGAAGGGGUGAGCUUCAAGGCCAAGCUCAUCGGCAUCCUGGAGGUGGCUGAGGCCCGGGGCGACCGCAUGUGCCAGGAUGCCCUUGCCGACCUCAAGAUGGCCAUCCGGGCCGCCGGGGAGCACAAGCAACGCAUCACCAUCAACAUCGCCAUCGACGGCCUGCGACUUCGAGAUGAGAAGACAGGGGACUGCCUGUACCAUCAUCUCGUUCACAAAAUAUCGUUUAUCGCCCAAGACAUGACCGAUCCAAGAGCGUUUGGUUACAUUUUUGGCUCACCAGACACUGGCCAUAGAUUUUUUGGAAUUAAAACGGACAAGGCUGCAAGCCAGGUAGUGGAAUGCAUCCGAGAUCUUUUCCAAGUCGUGUUCGCCCUCAAGAACAGGGAGCAGCACAUAGAGCAGCAGCACAUGAAAAUCUGUGGGGGCAGUACGUCCAGCCUCAUGUCAUCCACCACCACCACCCCGUCAGUCACCUACAUGGAGGCCAUGGCGCAUCACUUAAAGGAAUCAUGCGUCAGAGAAAAUGGUUCUCCGGGGGCGGUUGCGUCAUCGUCGAAAGCCGAGUCCGAGGCGACCAUCGCCGACCUGCUCGACCUGGAGUACGAGCUGAACAACCUGCAGCAGAACAUCCACCAGAUGGACCAGAUCACGGCGGCGGCCGCCAAGGAGGACGCGUUCGAGCACGACCCGUUCGGCGACUCGUUCACGGCGACCACCACCAAGACGACGACGACCAAGACGUCCAGCGCGGGGUCGACGGCCGUGGCCGCGCUGCCGCCGCCGCCCUCCGCCAAGGACGGGGCCAGGCCCGACGGCACCGGCACACACCGGCGGGAGAGGACCGUCAACCGGGCGGGCUCCACCACCUCCACCACCACGGCAACCGUGUCGGCGGCCUCCACGGCCUUCACGUCCACGGCGGCCACCUUCGGCGCCGCUGCCCCGCCGUCUGCGCCGCUCGCUCAGGAGGAGAAGCACUGGUUCGAUCAGGAGACUGAAGCGCUGUUCGACGACGGAGAGAUGCCUGGAACUAUGUCCAAAACAAAUCAGCUUGACCAGGAUUCCAACCGUGCAUCACCGCUGGAAAUGAGCCGGCAAGCAAAUCUAUUAGCUGACCAAUUCGACGUGUUUACAGAGCUGGACCCUCUUGGGACCGGCAGAAGUAAACCUUACGUCGACAAAAAAGACUUUUUCUCCGAUCUCAAGAACCCGCCGAAGAAAGUGUUGAAAGAUCUGGUUGGGGAGGUGGACCCUCUCUCAGCUCCAGCCCCUGCACCACUAGACUUGACUGGGUCGCAGGCGGGUGCUUUGGGUGAUGUGUUGUCUGCUUUGGAAUCUGCUCCUGGAAGCUCUACCUCCUUUCCUGCAUUCCCCGACCCCUUUUCAGACGACCCCUUCGACAAGACGGACCCCUUCGCCGAAGGCAGCUUUAGCCAGACUGUUAGUUUUAGUCCUAAUACUGUGAUGGCAGACCCCUUUGAAACAGGUUUUGCAGAUUUCUCUUCAUUCCCCCCCGGGUCCCGCAACAGUGCGUCGCCCUUACCCUCGGCCGGCGGGGCGUCCGGCGGCGGCACCCUGCACGGCCCGCUCCGGGUGUCGCUGCCCCCGGAGGACGGCUCGGCCAGCUCGGGCACGGCCAGCUGCCUGUCGCCCAGCCCGCCCCUCAGCGGCUCCGGCCCCGCCACCAGCUCGCUCAGCAGACAGAGGAACCGCUUCGCCCGCAAGCAGCUGUCCGUGUCCAUGGUCAAGAUCCCCAGCCCCAAGUCGUCGCAGCGGCGCUCGCGCCUGCCCAAGCAGAUGACGGUGGACGGCAGCGGGCAGGGCGUGCGCUUCCCGCCGCUGGGCUCGAGCCCCACGCCCGCGGACGAGGCGGCGCAGCUGCAGAGGCGCUCCCCGGGCGGGCUGAGCCGCGGCGGCAUCACGCCGUCGCCGCCCAUCGUGGCCUCGUUCCCCGACCUGGACGGCGACGCCGGCUCCAGGCUGUCCGGCUCGAGCGCCGAGCUGGCGGAGAUCGCCCCCGAGCCGCCGCCCCGGCCCACCCCAAACGCCUUCUCCAUCAAGCCGCCCCCGCUGCCGCCCAAGAAGCACACCGGCACCAUAUUCAAACCGCCCCCGCGGCCGCCCCACCAGGACGACCACUCCAUCUACGACCACAUCGAGAACUACGAGUCGUCGUCCAGCCCCACGCCGCACGACGCGUCCGACGCCAAGAGCCCGCCGAUACCGGUGCCCGCGAGGAAACCAAGGUACAGCGAAGAAAACUCGGUGCCGUUGCGGCCCAAGAAACAAAACAUUGCCGAGACUGAGGAUGGGUACUUGGCGCCCAUUCCUUUCCUACCCCCGCCGGUGAAACGGCACCAUUCCUCCAGCACCAGUCAGUCCCAGCAGCGGAGGUCUGCGCAGCCGGCGCCCGGCCCGACCAAGAAGUCUCUGGACAUUACUCUCAGUCAGCUGACCAAGACGGGCUUCUCCGACUUGGCCGGCACCCUAGGCAUCUCUCCGAGUCAGCUGUCAAAGAUGACCCUCCAGGAUUUGACGAAGCGGCUGGCGAGCCUCUCGGACGCGCCGCAGACAGACGCCUUCACGGCGGGCAACAGGGGCUCGCUGAGCAAGGCGGAGUACACGGCGCUCCGGGAGUCGGUGGACGAGGACUCCGGCUUCGCCGCUGAGUUCGACGACAACUUCUGCAACAUGGGCGGCGUUGGGCUGGCCGGCGCGAGCAGCGUCCCGAACCAGGAGUCACUCUACGACAAGUACGCCGUGUUCCGGGAGCUGCUGCUGCAGGACGAACCUAGUGGAAGGUCGUCGUCGCAGGAGCAGGCCGACACCGUCAGCCUCACCGAGUCCAAGGAGGAGAAUUCUGAACAGGGGGAGGCUGCAGGGGAGGUGAGCGCGCGGACGUCGUCGGUCCCGCACUCUUCGCCCAUCACCAUCAACGUGGUGGGGCACUCGGACUCAAACAGCAACGCCGUGAGCUCGGCCUCGCCGUCGCCCGCCCUGGUGGACAGGUACGCCGCGCUCCGCGAGAUCUCCCUCUGCGACGAGUCCAGCAACAAGGACGACGACGAGCGCGACGAGGAUCGCGAGGACAACAACGGCUACGCCGAGGUGGAGAACGACCUGAGCGACAAGGAGGACAGCAUCACGGAGGUGAACCAUGAAGCCAUGGAGGACCAAGACCUCCUCACGCUGUCGGCGCAGCACAGCGAGAGCACCGAGUCGCCCACCCUGGACACAAACACGGUGCGGGACGCGCCCUCCAUCAUGGAGACCACCAUCCUGGAGGAAGACGCAUGCGGCUCGGAGGGCGACAGCGCCGAGCAGCCAGUCCCGCCCAAGCAGCCAUCCCUGCUCGACUCCAGCAUUGUCUCGCUCGAGCCCGUCCCAGAGAAUCUGGAGCUGACGACCAAGUCGCUCAUCUCGAACUUGAUGAACGGCAGCGUGCCCGCCGAGCCGGCUGCAGCGCAGGCCGCCACCAGUGAGACAACCUCGAGGCCGCAGUCACUGGAGGCCUCCGAGGCCUGGGCCAAGUUUGAUUCUAGUCAGUUUGAGAAGCCAGUGAGCGACGACGGUGCCUCUCCGUGGUCCUCGGACGGCAAGGAGUUCAGCAACAAGGUCCCCGGAUGGAAGGACGAUUCUGACCACGAGCGGCGGGACCGCGAUCGUGACAAAGGACGGCGGAGGCGAGGCCGCGGCCCGGCGGCCGGCACGGCGUGGCCCGAGGACGAGGAGUCUGAGGAGGGCUGGGACGACCGCGUCAGCGACGACCCCUGGGAGAACGGUUACGACGAGGGCCAGCGCGGCCGCUACCCGGAGCCGCGGCGGAGUCGGCGGAGGAAAGUGUCCCCCUGGCGGCGUGGCGCGGCGGGCUCCGUGGGCAAGCAGUCCAGCCGCGAGGUAUCGCCGUGGGAGAGCGGCGACAGCACAGGGCCGCCCCCCGGGCCCGCCGACAGGCCGCCCAGCGACAGGUCACAGGACGACAUGAAGCGCUCGUGGAAGACGCGGCCCAAGAACCGCGGGUCCUCGUGGGAGGAGGAGCGGGCGCAGCGGCUGCCCGGCGGCCUCGGCGGCGGCGGCCCGGGGCCCGGCAGCACGAGGGGGUCCUGGGACGGCGAGAGCUCCGAGUACGACGACGCGCGGAAGCGGAGGCAGUCGCCGUGGGGCGAGGACCGCGACCGGGACCGCUGGCACGCCUGGGAGGAGGACGAGUACUACCGGCGGGAGGGUGGCUGGGACUGGUACUACCGGGACAGAGAGCACCGGGACCGCGACCACCGCGAGGACGAGUACCGCCGGCGCUGGGAGUACGAGCGCAGCAGGGACCGCGACCGGGACCGUGAGUGGGAGUGGGACCGCUACGGCCGGCCCAGGAAGAGCGGGCCCGGCGGUCCACCCUCGUCCCACUACCGGGACUGGGAUGACGAGACGAGCGAGCAGGGCGACGACGAGCACCCCCACGGCCCGCACGGUCCGCACCCGACACACGGCGCGCAUGGCGCCCACGGCGUCCGCAAGUGGAGGCGGUCGCGGCCCGGAAGCGCUGCCAGCCGCGGCCACGACCGUGUCUCCCCCAGCACCUCGGUGGAGUACAAGGAGGACGACAGCCCUUCGUCGGCGGCCGCGGCGCACGCGGCGGCGCACGCCGGUCGCAGGCGCGUCUACCGCGACCACGACCGCGACUGGGAGCGCGACCGCGUGGGCGGCAGCAUGGACCGGCGCUCGCGCAGCAGGGAGGACCCGUUCAGCUCGGACCAGGAGCACGAGUACUGGGAGCGCGGCGAGCCCCGCCCCGAGCCCCGCGGUGAGCCCCGCGGCGAGCGCACCCGCAGCAGGACGGAGCGGGACGCACGCUACGAACAGCGCUCUCAGACCCUGUACGCGCGCAGGACCAACCGCUCGCGCUACAAGACUUUCGACCCGCCCAAGCAGUCACCCUUUGAGGAUGACUUUUCGUCCCAGCGGUUCGAUUUCGUGACGGAGCCCAAGCAGAGCUCGGCCAGCUUCAGUCAAGAGAGCAGCCUCGACACGAGCGAGCCCACCCGGUCGCCGCAGCCCUCGGCGGGCCUCGCGCACUUCCACGGCCACGGCCCCAAGGUGCACGUCGCCCCGCGCAAGAGGGACAGCCUGUCGGAGUCGGAGGAGGCCCGCGGUGUGGAGGCUGGCGGCCUCGGCGCCUCCCUGAGCCCCCUCGAGCGCGGCGGCGGGGGCGGCGGCGGGGGCAGCGGCCGCGGCAGGGCUUCGUCCAUGGGCUCGAGCCGGCGGCAGUCGCCGUUCGAAGACGACUUCACCCCGCCGAACAGUGCGAGCGGCGUGAGGCACUUGUCGAGCGCGUCCAGCGACAUCAGCGACCAGCAGCACCGCCUCACGGCGGACGAGGGUGCCCAGGCGGGCAGCAAACCCGGGAGCAGGGCGGGGAGCCGGCCGGGCAGCGGGCGCCGGCCAACCCUGGGGUCGUCGGGGGCGGGUCCCUCGGCGCCCGCGGCCCCCGUGGCGUCUUCAGGGCCGGACGCGGACAGCAGAAGCAACGGCAGGUCCAUGGAUGACGUGUUCCUGCCCCCCGAGGCCUGCCCGCCCGACCCAAGUGCACUGCCGCACCCAGACAGUGCAGAACCUGUGAUAUCACCCAACCGGCCGUCGGCGGAGCACAGACGCUCGGUGCGUAUUAGCGGCGAGGACAAGAACCUGGCCGGGAUGAAGGCGAGACUGGCCAACUUGCGACGGACAGACUCGUCCUCGAGUCUCCGCAAGUCGGAGUCCAUUAACAUUUUUGCAAGAAGCUGUGAUCCAUUUGAUGACGACGAUUUCUUCGCGGAGGAUGGGUCUCCUGCCGUGCAGCCGCCCCACGGGGGAAAGGCCGAACACAGUGCCGGUCACCGUUCAGGUGAUCAGUUCAAGUGGACGGAGGCGUUCGACUCCUUCAACUUCGAGGAGGAGCACUGAGGUACGGCUCUCAGCCCCCGCGUUGCAUGGUUGGUAGUUUUGGCUUUAAAUUUAUCACACUCCUGUACCCCGUCACAUAUGAGGGCAUUUUUUUUUU